AUGCUGGACAUUCAAAUCGACGAUUGGAUACGUGAACCCGCCGAAGACGUGAGCCCUCAAGCGCCGCAAACGACCCAGGUGAUAAUGGCCGAUCUCGUGGCCAGAUUAAGCAAGCUCGUGCGUUUGCACGGCGCUGGCCACAAAAAAGUUAACCAUCCAGAAGAUCCAGUCUGCACGCCUCUCCGCAGGCCAAUUAAAGAAGAUUCUAAUUUUAAAGACGAUGAAGACCCAUCUGUUGAUUAUGUUGACAUUAUUGGUACUGAAGAACAAUUGGAGUUACACGGCUACCGGCGACACAUGGGAUACACAAUUAUGUCUUGGGUAGUGACAAUCAUAACAUGUGGCGCUCUUCGUUUAAUAUUUUACUGGUGGCCAACAUUAAUGUUGUUUUCUACCCAUAUGAAAUGUUCAUUGCAAUCUGCCGAAAAAAUUUUAGUGGUGGAAACAUAUAAAAAAGAUCAUAGAAGCAAACAUGUAGCUGAAAUAGAAAUCAUCAAUUCCUCUUCUCUGUUGCCAAGCGAAGCAUGCCGCGUGAAUGGCUGGGACAGACAGGCGUACUUUGAACUCAAAUCACUUGGCGAUUCAGCAAAACUGCCAGUGCGAACACCAAGUGGAAUUUUCAAAGACCUGGACGAAAUAAGACGAUUCGACUUCAAGAAGUACAGAUUCAUUUGGGAUGAGGACAACAAGGAGUUCUAUUUGUUAACUGGAAUUGACUGCGGUAUAAAUACCCAUGAAUUGCAUGAACAAAGGGGAAUAUCUGCUCGAGAUCAAUACCUUCGUCGCGCUGUUUACGGGCCAAACCUCAUUGAUGUUCCAUUGCAGACUAUUUGGUCAUUGAUUUAUACUGAAGUCCUUAAUCCAUUUUAUGUAUUUGAAAUAUUUUCAUUUAUACUUUGGUACCUUGACGAUUAUUUAUCAUAUGCCUCAGCUAUAUUUGUUAUGUCAUUAGUCAGUAUUAUUACUGCUGUUAUACAAACAAGGAGGAAUCAAAGGAACCUUAGGAGUACUGUGCAUUCCAGCGAUGUUGCUAAUGUACUACGAGAGAAUAACGUAAUUACAGUUCCUACAGAAUUGUUAGUUCCAGGGGAUGUUUUGGUUAUCCCUAGUCAUGGUUGUGUUAUGCAUUGCGACGCAGUCCUUCUCACAGGACAUUGUAUUGUUAAUGAAAGUAUGCUUACAGGUGAAAGUGUUCCUGUAACCAAGACAACAAUACCUGGAAAUCCAGAUCUAAAUUAUGACAUAAAAGAACAUGCUCGUCACACAUUAUACUGUGGAACAUCUGUUAUACAAACUCGUUAUUAUGGCGAGGGACGAGUGUGUGCUGUUGUGGUACGUACAGGCUUCCACACUAGUAAAGGUUCUUUGGUACGUUCAAUAUUGUAUCCAGCACCAGUUGAUUUUGAAUUUGAGCGGGACAGUUAUAAGUUCAUCAAAGUACUAGCAAGUAUUGCUGCUGUCGGAUUUGUAUACACUGUGUUUAUCAAAGUGUCUCGGGGACAUUCUCUCGAUUCAAUAUUGAAGAAAGCUUUUGACCUGAUCACAGUUGUAGUUCCUCCUGCAUUGCCGGCUGCUAUGACUGUGGGACAAAUGUAUGCACAAAUGAGAUUGAAAAAUCAUCAUAUAUAUUGUAUUAGUCCAAGAUCUAUAAAUGUGGCUGGGUCAAUUAAUUGUGUUUGUUUUGAUAAAACUGGUACACUGACUGAAGAUGGAUUAGAUAUGUGGGGUAUAGUACCUGUGACAACAUCAAAAUUUCUACCUUGCUAUAGGAAUGUGAGUUCAAUGUCAUCAGACCAUUUGCUCAUGUCAGCUAUGGUUACAUGCCAUUCUAUUACGUCUAUCGAUGGAAAGUUGUCCGGUGAUCCUUUAGACUUGAAGAUGUUUGAAUCAACUGGAUGGUUACUCGAAGAACCUGAGACUAGUGAAGACAACCAAUUUGAUUUGGUUAUGCCAGUUGUUGUUCGACCACCGAAUAAAAAUACAUUCACUACUAUUGAACAGAUUGGACAAGAAAUUGGUAUCAUUCGUCAAUUUCCAUUUAGUUCGAGUUUGCAAUGCAUGAGUGUUAUAGCCAAACAUCUGUCUUCUAAUUUGACCCAUGUCUAUACCAAGGGGGCUCCAGAAAAAAUUUUAAGCCUCUGUAAUCCCAGUUCGAUUCCACCAGAUUUUGAUCAAGUAUUGCAACGAUUCACUAAACAAGGAUAUCGGGUGAUUGCUGCUGGUUACAGGGCGUUAAAGAACAAUUUGAGCUACGUUAAGACACAAAGAUUAACCAGAGAACAAGCAGAAUGUGACCUUACACUUUUGGGACUGAUUAUAUUAGAAAACAGAUUAAAGCCAGAAAGUGCUGGUGUUUUGGACACAUUACGGUCUGCAGGUAUUAGAAUUAUUAUGGUCACUGGAGAUAAUAUGCUAACGGCCCUCAGUGUUGCAAGAGAUUGUGGUAUAGUGUUAGAAACAGAAGAUGUUAUUACUGUGCACGGCGUUACAGUGCCCCCUUAUUUGUAUUUCACAGCAGCUGAUAUGAAUGUUAACCAGACAAUUAAUUCAAAUUCGAUCAAACUGAGCACUAUUAUGUCACCCAAUUCUGGUAAUAGUGUAAAUUUGAAUAUGGAUUUAUUAGAAGCUGGAUUAUUAAGCCCUUCAAGUACUACUGCUAAUACGCCAAUUAAAUGUUCUCAGAGGUAUACUUUUGCAUUAACCGGAAAAACAUGGUCAUUGCUUAGACAAUAUUGCCCUGAACUCAUACCAAAAAUCAUUACUAGAGCGUCCGUAUUUUCACGAAUGAGUCCUGAUCAAAAACAACAACUUGUUCAAGAGUUGCAGGGAAUUGGUUAUUAUGUUGCUAUGUGUGGUGAUGGUGCCAAUGACUGUGGAGCUUUGAAAGCAGCACACACUGGUAUAUCACUGAGUGAAGCAGAAUCGUCUGUUGCCAGUCCAUUCACAUCACGCAAAGCAUCUGUUGAAUGUGUUGUGAGGGUAAUUCGUGAAGGUCGUGCCGCUCUUGUUACUUCUGUUGGUAUAUUCAAAUUUAUGGCUGGAUAUUCUCUAGUACAAUUUAUAUCGGUUAUCAUGCUCUACUCCAUCGACAAUAAUUUAUCAGAUUACCAGUAUUUGUACAUUGAUUUAUUUCUCAUAUCACUCUUUGCAUUUUCAAUAAGUCGUACGCCUGCUUACGAAGGACCCUUAGUCAAACAGAGGCCAGAGACGUCACUCGUCUCUGCCUUGCCAUUGACUUCACUUAUUGGACAACUAGUAAUUUCUAUUGCAAUUCAAUUGAUUAGCUUCAUAGCCAUUCGAUAUAAUGAUUGGUUUGUGCCAUUUCAAUAUAAAGAAAAUGAAUCAAUAGAAAGCUUUGAGAAUUAUGCAGUGUUUAGUGUAUCGGCAUUACAGUAUAUAAUUUUAGCCCUAGUUUUCAACAAGGGACCACCAUACAGACAGGGUUUACAAUCAAACUGGUGUUUAUCCAUCAUAUCAGUAGUCAUAGUAGCAUUUACCGUUUAUUUAUUUAUCUCACCAUUUGAAAUUUUAAGAGACAAAUUCCAACUCAAAUUACCUCCAGACAACUCCUCCUUCUUCUAUGUAAUUUUAUUGCUAGCGUUAAUAAAUUUAGCACUGGCAGUAUUUCAUGAAAAAAUACUUUGUGACCGCAUGCUUGUCAAAUUUUUGAGUUCUCGUUCUCAUAAGAGUAAAAGUUGGACAACAUCUUAUGCUGGAAUUGAGCAUGAGCUUCAAAAAAUGCCAGAUUGGCCUCCGUUGAGUAACGAUCGUUUUAGUUCAUCCUCAUCAUCGCCAUUUUCAUAUACAUCACCCGAACAGUUGUCACCGACUGUCCGUUCAACGGUACAACCAAAUGGAACAGCCAGUAACGGUGUGAAUUUAUCGUUGCACCGUCGCUUUCAUUCAGAAAGUGAAGAAUCCAAUUAUGCUACUCCUGCUGGUAGUUUACAACACAUUUGA